UUCACAGAACGUUCUGGAAGUUUGGGAGGCGCCGUGGCCCCAGGAACCUCCUGAUCUGGAGGUGUGUUUGCAGCUACCGAGGACCUGGCUUUUGAGGUUUCUGUUGCUUCGUUCUUCGGAGAGUGUGAUGUUUGUAACCUGUCGUUCCCCAUCCCAGACCCAACCGCAGCAGGGGUGUGGGGAGGACAGAGAACCUCAAGAAUGGAAGCGGCGGGGAAGAUCUCGGAGACCAACCUUUCACCUGUUAGUUGAGAUUGAGGCAUCAUUAGAAGCUGGGUUGAUCCAGAGACAGACAGAUGGCUGAAAAUGGCAGAAAAGAAAAAGUAAAAUGGACAACCACCAUUAUUAUUAGCUCAUCUCUUAAGAGUUACGAAGUUGCAACUGCCCUAGAAAAUCAAAGCCACAAGAUUCGGUAUUCAGAUUCAGUGGAAAAUGGAUCAAUUAUAUUUUCUCUUUCUGGAGUUGCAUUUUUAUUGAUGGAUGCUAAAGAAUGCUUUAUAUCAGCUGAAGAAAUAUUUCUAGCCAAAAUUGAGAAGUUUAUUAAUAUUCACCAAAAGAGUUUUUUGGUUCUGUCUGCUGCCCUCCAUGGGCCUGAGGAAUGGAAACUGAUGUUCAGGAUUCAGCAAAGAUUCCUGGGUAGUAACUUACGGAUACUUCCAGUACACAACACAGUAAAUGCUAUUAAUCUUAUGUGCACUAUAGCUAAGACUGCCUCCAAACCAUACACAGAUAGGAUCUGCUAUAGAAUGAUAACAACUGAGGCUUACAUCAUUGAGCAAAGUCCUGUUUGGAAAACACUUCAAAAGUUAAAACUGAGUAGUGAUCCAUUUAACCUAAAUUAGUGUAUCAAUUGCUUAAUUUCUUUAGGAAUAAUGUUAAAAUAAUUAGACUUAAUUAUAAUGUUCAAAUAUAUUUACUUUAAAGAUUUUUAAAAAUUUAAAAUAAUAAAAUGUAUAUGAUUAAAAAUGAUUUUAUCUUCA